CCCGCCUCCCGCACGCGCUCCGUGAUCCUGGACGCCGCGACGGGCCAGCUGCGCCUGGUGGACGGCCGCCACCCCGAUGCCGUGGCCUGGGCCAACCUCACCAACGCCAUCCACGAGACCGGCUGGGCCUUUCUGGAGCUGGGCACGAGUGGUCGCUACAAUGACAGCCUGCAGGCCUACGCAGCCGGCGUGGUGGAGGCAGCCGUGUCGGAGGAGCUCAUCUAUAUGCACUGGAUGAACACGGUGGUCAAUUACUGCGGCCCCUUCGAGUAUGAAGUCGGCUACUGUGAGAGGCUCAAGAGCUUCCUGGAGGCCAACCUGGAGUGGAUGCAGGAGGAGAUGGAGCGGAACCAGGACUCCACGUACUGGCACCAGGUGCGGCUGACUCUCCUGCAGCUGAAAGGCCUGGAGGACAGCUACCAAGGCCGGGUGGCCUUCCCAGCCGGGAGCUUCACCAUCAAGCCCUUGGGGUUCCUCCUCUUGCAGAUCGCUGGGGACCUGGAGGACCUGGAGCUGGCCCUGAACAAGACCAAGACCAAAGCAUCCCUGGGCUCGGGCUCCUGCUCCGCCCUCAUCAAGCUGCUGCCCGGCCAGCGCGACCUGCUGGUGGCUCACAACACCUGGAACACCUACCAGCACAUGCUGCGCGUCAUCAAGAAGCUGUCCUUCCAGUUCCACCAGGGCCCCCAAGAGGACUCCCCGCUGGUUCCCAGCAACAAGCUGGUCUUCUCGUCCUACCCCGGCACUAUCUUCUCCUGUGACGACUUCUACAUCCUCAGCAGCGGGCUGGUGGCGCUGGAGACCACCAUCGGCAAUAAGAACCCGGCCCUGUGGAAGUACGUGCGGCCCGAGGGCAGCGUGCUGGAGUGGGUGCGCAACGUGGUGGCCAACCGCUUGGCCUUGGAUGGGGACAGUUGGGCGGAUGUCUUCAAGAGGUUCAACAGCGGCACGUAUAAUAAUCAGUGGAUGAUCGUGGACUACAAAGCGUUCGUGCCCGGCGGGCCCAGCCCCCAGAGCAGGGUGCUCACCAUCCUGGAGCAGAUCCCGGGCAUGGUGGUGGUGGCGGACAAGACCUCGGAGCUCUACCAGAAGUCCUACUGGGCCAGCUACAACAUUCCGUCCUUUGAGGCUGUGUUCAAUGCCAGCGGGCUGCAGGACCUGGUGGCCCAGUACGGAGACUGGUUCUCCUACGACCGGAGCCCCCGAGCCCAGAUCUUCCGGAGGAACCAGUCGCUGGUGUAUGACAUCGACUCCAUGGUCCAGCUGAUGAGGUACAACGACUUCCUCCACGACCCCCUGUCCCUGUGCAAGGUCUGCAGCCCCCAGCCCAAUGGGGAGAACGCCAUCUCAGCCCGCUCCGACCUCAACCCGGCCAACGGCUCCUACCCCUUCCCGGCCCUGCAGCAGCGUUCCCACGGGGGCAUCGACGUGAAGGUGACCAGUAUGUCGUUGGCGAAGACCCUGAGCCUGGUGGCGGCCAGCGGCCCCACGUGGGACCAGGUGCCCCCAUUUCAGUGGAGCACCUCCGCCUUCAGUCACCUGCUGCACAUGGGCCACCCCGACCUCUGGAAGUUCUCACCCAUCCAGGUCUCGUGGGACUGAGGCCCUGACCCCACAUGGCUGCUUCCCCCUGCAGGCCCCCCGCUGCUGCCUGGACCUGCAGCCCCACGUCCAUCUGGGGGGCCUCAUCCUUGCUGGACUGCGAUCGAGGCCAGGGUCUGCAGGGUCACCCUCAUCUGGGUGGGCUCCUCCCAGGGUGGGGCAUAGAGCCCAAGGGGGUUUGAAACUGACUGACUGUCCCCUGGGGUGGGUGACACUGUCCCCAUCCCCAGCAUCUGCUGCCUCUCUGCACUGUCUCUCUGUCUCUCUCGACUGCACUCUCUGCUUCUCUGUUUGUCUCCUGCCCCAACCCCUGCGGCGAGCCUGCAGGUGGCACAGGAGCUGGGCGUUCUCCCUGAGGGUGCCCUCCUCCCAGCCCCGUGCCCUCUCGGGAAGCAGCCCUCCCUGCGUGUCCCGUUCCGGACGCGUCCUUGAGGGCAGAAACUUGAAAACACACAAAAGCCAAAGUUUCUGGCCACUAGUGGCCGGAGGGUCCCGUGUGCCCUCUGCUCUCGGGGGCAGGUGGGAGUGCCAGCCGCAGGCUCCCGCCUUGUGCCCCCUGGCCUCCGGCUCUGCCUGCUGCUCCCUUGCGCGGGAGCUGCCCCACAGGCGGCACCGCCAUUAAACCAAGAGGCCGUGGCCCUGUGCUGUGCUUCUUGGGGCUGCCAGGAAGGCGGGUCGGCGCCUGUUUUCGUCUCAGGUUUGGGUUCUGCGCCCUCCCCCAGGGGCCCCCCAGCCCAUCCUCUGCCUGUCCAUCUACUCAUCCAUCCCUUGGCCUGCCCUCCCACCCACCACCCAUCCAGCCAUCCAACACCCAUCCGGUCAUCUGUCUGUCUUCCUGCUUACCCACUUAGCAUUCACUGUCUGCUCGUCCAUCCACCCAUCUCCAUCCAUCUGCCUGUCCAUGUCCACCUGUCCAUCCAUCUCCUAUGCCCCACCUGCCCAUCCAUCAUCCAUCCAUCCACCCACCUACCUACCGUCAGCUCCAUCCUUCCUUGUGCCCAUCUGUCCAUCCCUCCAUCUCCCCACCUGUCAUUCAUCCGUCCACCUGUCUGUCCAUCCCCCCAUCCAUCCAUCUAGAUAUUUAUUGAGCACCUCCUAUCUUCUGGGUCCUGUUCUAGGACCCCAUUAGCCGCCAAGACCUGCCUAAGUCCUGCCGUGGGGUACAGACCAACAUAGAAUAGAGUCUCUCCCCGUCAGAUCCACACAUAGCCUGCCUUAGAAACAGGACUCGCCCAGUGCUGGGUGCCUGGGUGGGGCGGGGGGAGGAGAGCACACAGUUCUGGAGUCAGAGACCCAGGUUCGAAUCCUGCCUUCACCUCUUCCUAGCUGGGGACUCAACCUCUCUGAGCCUUGGUAACCUCGACAGUGACAUGGGGUGAUAUGCAGGUGGGUGCCCUGAGAGGGUGUGGGGAGGGCUCACUGUAGGGUGGGGGCAUCAUAGAUUCAGCAUUCAUUCAUUGGCAUAUACUUUUCAAACCCCGAGCAGGUGCCUUAUAACCCAGGUACAAAAAUGUCCCCCUACACCUGCAACCCCUGCUACUCAGGGGUUAGACUGGCCACGCCGCGGGAGAAAGGACUGUGAGUUCGGGGCCAGCCUGGCAGUAGGGUAAGACCCUGUCUCAAGGAAAACGAAUUUAAAAAUCCCCGCUCUUGGUGACAUUUACGUUGGGGACAGAGUUCACUUAAGGUCCCUCUAAUCUGCUCCCUGGUGUGUAAACUAUUCGUAAAUGCUCUGGAGAAAAUAAAGCAAGGCGGGGCUGCC